UUUUAUGAUUUUCACUCAUGUUGCUGCAGGUCGCUGAGCAAGAGUAUGAAAAGGAAAAGCUUAAUGAGAGAAUUGCAAAACUUUCUGGUGGAGUAGCUGUGAUUCAGGUUGGAGCCCAAACUGAAACAGAGCUAAAGGAAAAGAAGCUGAGAGUAGAAGAUGCUCUCAAUGCCACAAAGGCAGCUGUUGAAGAAGGAAUUGUUAUUGGCGGUGGAUGCACCCUACUCCGGCUUUCAUCUAAAGUGGAUGCUAUUAAGGAUCAACUUGAAAAUGUCGAGGAAAAGGUUUGAAUUUUUUAAGUGACACUGUCUCGGAU